AUGUCACAACAGCAGAGUCAAGAGAGGAAGUCAUCGCAGGCGAAGCCCCAACAGGAGACGAAACUUUCGGCCAAAGGACAGCCAAAGCAGCAAAGCCAGAAGAGACCCUCCACCCAGAAGGAACGUGAGAGACAGCAUGAGGCUCGCAAGGCAGCGCAACGCUCUCUCGAGCUGCAGAACAAAGCGAAAGAGCUAAUAAACGCUGCUGCAGGAGCGGGAGACCCAGAAGAGCGGCAGAAACUCCUACAGCAAGCUCUUGACAAGGAGAUUGAAGCUGAGACUUUUGGCAAGACAGCAAGAUAUCUCAAUACUGGCGCAUUCCAAGGGCUCUGCGCGGGGGCUGGACUUGGUGGUGGUGUCGGAGUCGCUCUGGGCACACUGACCGGAACGCUUGUUGGAGGCACGACCGGCACUGUCACGGGCGGAUUGGGAGGCGGUCUAGGGUUGGCCGUAGGGGCGGCUCAUGGGCCAUGGUUCUCGCUGCCGAAAGUCAUGGCUGAUGGUGUGAGGAAGGUUACGGGCGACCUCCCAGGAUGGAAAGCAACGGACGAACAGAAGUCGGCUCUUGAGAAGAUGGUCAAUGGCGUCAAAGAUCAGGACAGACCGCCAGAGCAAGAGUUGAUGGAGAUGAGCCAAGGAGGCCCUGCGCUGAAUGUAGGGAAGGGCUGCACCGGACAGCGGGAGGCUGAUGAAGGACAGAAAGGUCUUCUACAAGGAGCUCAGCCCUCUAUGCCGUAUGUGCCUGGCCUCACGUCGAAAAGUAAGACGGAGAACAAGCCGGCUCCAUCGAAGGUGGAACAACACACCUCUGCCCCUUCCACUCAGCAGGCAGGUCAGACGGGGCAGAGAUAUGGAGAGUUUGCUGGACAAGGUGUGAAGUCUACGCAAGGGCAGAAGCAGCAGCGGCCGGGAAACGCCAGCAGGACGCAGUCUCAGGCGACCUCAGCAUCGAAUGCACCCCGUCGAGGCUCCCGUAUACAGCAACAAGGUCAGAGUACCCCUGUUGGCAAACAGCCUGGCGGCAGUCAGAAGAGUGGUGGUGCACCAGCAAAGAAGAAGCCACGAAAGCUGGAGGUCAGAGGCAACGCAUCCGGCGCAAUGUCUUAG